AUGUCCAAAGUGGCCAAAUAUCGGCGACAAGUUAGUGAAGAUCCGGACAUUGACAGUUUGUUGUCUACUCUGUCUCCGGAGGAGAUGGAAGAGCUAGAAAAGGAGCUGGACGUGGUGGAUUCGGAUGGAAGCAUCCCUCUGGAGCUCAGUCAGAAAAACCAAACAGAAAAUUCCCAGCCUGCCGACGCGACGCUCAACCACCGCGAAAAGGAGACCAGGAAAGCUAUUCAGAGGGAACACUCGAUAGAUGAAAGCCGGGCGAGCGAGAAGAACAAAGGGGCCAAGAAUGAAGAAGAAAAGGGAAAGGAAGCUCCUUCCAAAGACCUGGCCCGGAAACGAGAUACGAAAGUGGGGAAGGAUUCUAAAAAGGAAGAAAGCGUCCAGAAAACAGACCCGAAAGUUAAAGCUGAGGCUGAGACCAAGACCAAAGAGGAGAAGGCUAUCAACGACAAAGUCAAGGCCAUGGAGAGAAAGCUGCUGGGGAAGGACAAAAAGGAGGAAGAGAAGAGCUCAGCGUUGAAGAAGGGUGCAGGGAAGGAUAAAAAGGAGGAAGAGAAGGGCUCAGCGUUAAAGAAGGACGUAGAGAAGGAUAAAAAGGAGGAAGAGAAGAGCUCAGCAUUAAAGAAGGAUGCAGGGAAGGAUAAAAAGGAAGAAGAGAAGGGCUCAGCAGCAAAGAAGGAGACGGGGAAGGACAAAAAGGAAGAAGAGAAGGGUUCUGUGUUGAAGAAGGGCACAGGGAAGGACAAAAAGGAGGAGGAAAAGAGUUCGGGAUCAAAGAAAGAGUCAGGAAAAGACUCAAAGGGUGAAGAGAAGAAAGAAAAAGAUAAACAAGAAGAGGAGAAGAGUUCAGCUUUGAAAAAAGCCAAGGCAGACGAGAAGGAGAAACCCCAGCCGGAGGCAGAGAAGGCAGCAGAGGAGAAGCAGGAGGCCAAGGCGGCAGCCGAGAGCGGCCCUGCCAAGCCCACCACCGGCAGCUCCGCAGAUCAGGCCAAGGAGGACGAAGCCUCCAGCAUUUUCGACGAGCUCAUCGAGAAGGUGAAGAACAACGACGCCGAGGUCACCGAAGUGAACGUGAACAACUCGGACUGCAUCAACAACGAGACCCUGGUGCGCUUCACCGAGGCCCUGGAGUUCAACACCGUGGUCAAGCUGUUCGCCUUGGCCAACACCCGCGCCGACGACCACGUGGCCUUCGCCAUCGCCAUCAUGCUGAAGUCCAACAAGGUGCUGACGAGCAUCAACCUGGACUCCAACCACAUCACGGGCAAGGGCAUCCUGGCCAUUUUCCGGGCGCUGCUGCAGAACAACACGCUGACGGAGCUGCGUUUCCACAACCAGCGGCACAUCUGCGGGGGGAAGACGGAGAUGGAGAUCGCCAAGCUCUUGAAGGAAAACACCACGCUUCUGAAGCUGGGCUACCACUUCGAGCUGGCCGGGCCACGCAUGACGGUCACCAACCUGCUGAGCCGCAACAUGGACAAACAGAGGCAGAAACGCCUCCAGGAGCAGAAACUGGCACAGGAACGUGGGGAGAAGAAGGAGCUACUGGAGGUGCCCAAGCCCGGAGCCCUGCCGAAGGGGUCCCCCAAGCCAUCCCCGCAGCCGUCCCCCAAGGACCCCGAUCCUUCCCCUGGGACCCACUCAGGACCCCAGUCCUGCCCCGAGGGCCCACCUAGGAUCUUGCUCCUGACCCAUGUGGGACCCUGGACCUGCCCAGAGGGACCUUCAUAG